GGUCUCCCCACCGUCUUUUUCUGUUACUCCUAAAUAACUCAUGUAGUCUAGACUCCGUUAUCAACCGGAUCGCUUUCAUCUUCUCUAAGAACCAAUUCAACAACAUGCGCGGUGCCGGAAUCAAGAAUAUGCUUCCGGUGAACGCGCGCAGCUCAAGCCCCGCCCUGCUUACGCAGAGUUUAACUUCGGCGGACGGUGGCCGGAGAAGGACAAUGGUUUCCAUGUUAGCGACAAACGCACUCUGGGUAGCUCUUGAACCUGGUAGUUGUAAGAGUGCUGAGGAGCGAGAAAGUAGCCAAGGGAGCCGGUGCGCCUUAUAGAACAGGAGCCAUGCCGCGCCGGGGCCUAGUGGCGGGGCCAGACUUUGACUAUUUUCACCGUCGGUAUUUCACGCCGUCAGAAGUAGCGGAACACAACCAGCCCGAAGACCUUUGGGUAUCUUACCUGGGCUAUGUGUACAAUCUGACGCCCCUUGUCCAAGCGUUUAAAGGGGACCUACUGCUGAAGCCCAUCCUAGAAGUUGCAGGCCAGGACAUUAGCCACUGGUUUGAUCCAAAGACUAGAGAUAUUCGCAAGCACAUAGAUCCGAUGACUGGUUGCUUGAGAUACCGCACCCCGCGGGGCCGCUUCGUGCACGUCCCACCUCCUCUGCCUCGUUCAGACUGGGCCAAUGAUUUCGGGAAGCCCUGGUGGAGGGGGUCGACCUACCAGGUGGGGCGGCUGUCUGCCAAGACCCGGAAUAUCCGUAUUAUUAACACUCUUACGUCGCAAGAGCACACACUGCAGGUGGGGGCUCUGGAAUCAAUGUGGGAAAUCCUACACCGCUAUCUCCCGUAUAAUGCACAUGCUGCCAGCUACACAUGGAAAUAUGAUGGGAAGAAUCUGAACAUGGAUCAUACCCUGGAAGAAAACGGGAUCCGGGAUGAAGAAGAAGAGUUUGACGCUCUUAAUAUGGAUGCUACACUUCACAUACCCGCAGUACUGCUCUACUUCAAUGAUGACCUCACAGAGUUAUAGGAAAGGAGAUGUAUGUGCAUGUGGACUCAAGUUAUAUUUGAGUUUGCCUCUUUCUAUGCUUUGAGGAAAAGAGGUGUGGGUCUGUGGGCCUGGGCCUAGACACCUGUUGCCCUCUGGGAACUGGCCUGUGGUUCUUGUGCCUUUCUGAAAUGUAAAGGCUCUUAUCCCUAGCUCCUCUAUGAUUUGCUCAGAGCAUAUUAGUGGGGAUACUAGAAGAGAAUUAAUCCCUAGAAUUGAUAGGAAGAGACCUAGGGUCUUUCAGUUUGGAGUGUGUAGAGGAGGUAGAGUUCAGGCAGAACUCUUUGAUAGUAAGAGAAAGACACACAGGGAUGAAGGGAUGGGAGAGAUUUUUUGGUAAAGAUGAGAAGGAGAUGUUUGCAGGAAGAUGGGAUUUACAAAGACAGGAUCUGGAAAUUCCUAUCACCAGCUAUGUUUGGUUGGUUGGUUGAUUGCCUUUCUAAAGGUGUUUAGCAGUUGACACCCCAGGAAAAGUGGAUGACUGUUAGUCAGUUCAGGAUAGAAAUUAUGCUAAGAGUUUUAUACUUUUUAAUACAGCUAUCCUAUAAGGUGAAUACUGGUAAUGCUAUUUCACAGACAGUUCCUUAGGAGUUUAGAAAGGUUUGGUAGCACAAAAGUACAUUAGUUGGUAACCUGAGAGUGCCACAGUGCAAACCAAAGCCUGCCCAGCUUGGAAAGCCAGGCUCUUUUCAGUGUGAAGGCAUUCUCAGUAGCUUCACCUAACACUUUUUUAAAAUAUUUUUUUUAAGAUUUAUUUUAUGUACAUGGUGCUCUUUCUGCAUGUACAUUCAUGCCAGAAAAGGGCAUCAGAUCCCAUUAAUAGAUGGCUGUGAGGCACCAUGUAGUUGCUGGGAAUUGAACUCAGGUCCUCUGGAAGAGCUGCCAGUGCUCUUAACCGCUGAGCCAUCUCUCUGGCCCCCUCACCCAACGGUUCUGAUGGCUGCUAUCAAACCAUGUUUUUGGAAUGUGAGCUUGUCUUAGGCCUGUUGCACAGUGGGAAAUGUAACCUAUUGUGUAGUCAACAUGCACCGUUUGAAGGGAGUUCACUAGCAGAGCACUCUGGGAACAGAGGCUGCUGCUUUAUCAAUAUUAUAGCAAGAUUUCUGACUGUUUGGGGGCAACAAGGUAGAUAUUUACUGACUCCAGGAAAAAUCAGAAUGGAGAAAGGGCCUGUAGCUCAGACAUUGUAGUGAGGGACCUGGAGGGCCACUUUCUUCUUCCUUUUGACAUUUACAGAAGGCAAGGAAGACAGGGUUGACUUUCUAAGCUGGUGACUCUGAAAGAUGGGAGCUAAGGGAGGUAGACAACUCUCCUGGUGAUUGGCUAAUUUAGUUCCCUGUAUCCCUAGCAGGGGAGGGGAAUUAAGAAUAACUGAAAAACUGAGCCAGGCAUGGUGGCUUUAAUCCCAGCACUGGGGAGACAGAGGCAGGCAGAAAUCCAUGAGUUUGAGACCAGCCUGGUGUACAAAGUUAGUUCUAGGACAGCCAGAGCUGUUACACAGAAAAACUGUCUUGAAAAAAAACAAAAACAAAAACAAAAAACAAAACCGAAAAGAAUGAGAUAAGCAGACUUCCCCGUGGCAUCAGGCAAAAAUAAAUCAAGGACAGCGCCUCUUCCCAGCCUCGGCCUCAGGUUCCAGUGGAGGGUAAUGUGACCUCCAUGAGACACGGGGUGGGCUGCAUUGUUUUCUGAGAGGGUGACUGUGGAAGCGUGAACAAAGGUGGGAGCAGCCCCGUUGAUUUCGGUGGUUCCUGAAUCCAUGAAUGCUGAGGACCUCACGCAGCCCCAUGCAGUCUAAAAAUCCAUACGUUGUUUGGAUCCAUCCAUCAGAUGUUUAGUCAGCUCUGAACUGAUCUUACAUGUAUUCUUGUUUGUUUUCCUAAGCCCUAAACUAUUUGAGAACCAAAGCCAUGUUGUUCCUCCCAUGGCAUCCUCAGGGCAUGCACUUCUGGGAUGAGCUCUUUUUGCCCAAACUUGCCUGUCUUCCAGAGCAUCCUAUUCUUACUUUACCUGGGAUGGGCUCUCCCUCUAUAUAUAGCCCUGGCUGGCCAGGAACUCAGCUCCCCACCACACGCCUCUACUUUCCACCUCGAUUAUCCUAAAUAUUCCUUCGAUUUUCCUUUCUUUUUUUUUUUUUUUUUUUUUUGGUUUUUCGAGACAGGGUUUCUCUGUGUAGCUUUGCGCCUUUCCUGGAACUCACUUGGUAGUCCAGGCUGGCCUCGAACUCACAGAGAUCCGCCUGGCUCUGCCUCCCGAGUGCUGGGAUUAAAGGCGUGCGCCACCACCGCCCGGCGAUUUUCCUUUCUUUUUUAAUCCCACCCUCCCGAGUUAAGUUUUCUUAGCACUGUGCAUUUUCCAGUGUUCUUAUUAUCACUAGAAAACAAUGGAGAAUGGAUGAAAAUGACUGGCUGGCUGCUAGACUGUAAGCUCGUAAGGGCAGAAAUCCCAUUCACUGCUGUAUUCUCAUUACCGAGCACAUAGCUGCUGCUCAAUAAAUAAAUGAUGAAUGAACUCAGA